CCCAAUCAGACAAGAAGAACGCGGGCAUCCCCGAACUCAAGAAAGUUCGAAAACUUGGAGAGGGCUUGGAGAAAUAGUCGUGUAUUUUAUCAUGUCUAAUCCAAGUGUAACUCCAAAUAAGAUCAGGAAGGUUGACCCUGUGGACGGAGCACAAAAUUCGCACUCCGAUCAGCAAGAAAUCAUCGAAGAAAUCAAUGCUGUGCAGAAUCAAAUAGACGCGCUAAAUGAGCAAGCGUCCGAGGAGAUUUUAAAGGUUGAACAGAAGUACAACCGACUAAGAAAACCACACUUUGAACAGAGAACAGACCUCACAAGGAGGAUACCAAAUUUCUGGAUGACGGUCUUUAUAAAUCAUCCCCAGAUGCAAAUGUGGAUUGAUGAAGAGGAUGAGGAAGCUCUACAGUACAUGACAUUUCUAGAAGUUGAAGAGUUUGAAGACAUCAAGUCCGGGUACAGAAUAAAGUUUGGUUUUGCAGAAAAUCCAUAUUUUACCAAUGAAGUCCUUUAUAAAGAGGUCAUUCUUAAUGAGCAUUGUGACCAGUCAACCAGGGCUACUCCCAUCAAGUGGAAAGCAGGAAUGGACCUGACUCAGCGGUACAAUCAACAGAACAUGUUAAAAGGACGGAAGAGGGGCCAUGAAGAACCCCAAAGUUUCUUCAGCUGGUUCACAGACCAGGAUUCUGGAGAUGAGUUAGGAGAAACGAUUAAAGAUGAAAUAUGGCCAAACCCUCUUCAGUAUUUCUUGGGAACUUCAAAUAGUGGACUUCAGGAAGAGAAUGAGGAAGAUGAAGAGGAUAUUGACGAGGAUGAGUCAGAGGAUCAGGAUGAUGUAGUUGUGGUGGAUGACGGGGAAGACGACGACGAAGGAGACGAGGAAGAAGGAGAAGAUGAGGAGGAAGAGGAUGAUGAUGAAGAGGAAGAGGAGGAGGAAGUGGUUGUUGAGGAGGGAGAAGAAGAAGAUCUGGCGGAAGGAGAGGAAGGUGAAACACCAGUAGUGUACGAGCUAGAAGAAGAGGAGGAAGAUGUUGAUGAAGACGCUGAGCAAGCGGAUGAUCAGGUUCUUCUAGACCCAGAGGGCGAGGAAGACGACGACGACGACGACGACGAAGACGAGGGAGUUGAACAAGACGAUGACGAGGAGGGAGAAGAAGGCGAGGAUGAUGAGGGUGAGGAAGGAGAAGACGACGACGAUGACGAAGGAGAAGAAGAAAAGACAACAACGGAAUGACGAACUACUCUUUUUACGUGUAUUUAAUAUAUAUCAUGAACUGAGACGAACAUGGCGGAUUCUUAAGUUUCACGCUCUAGCCAAAGUAACUUUUCCCCCUUACUAUAGAACUUACGCUCGUAGUUUUUGUUUUGAGUUAGCAAACCACAUCUCACUGUUUUAUAAAAUUCCUAUUUUUAUAUGUAGUUUUUCACCACGUUUGCCUCCGUUGAAGAGGUUUGCGUGACCUGUUUGGCGUGAUACGAAUGCACUGUGUAUAGUCACGAGUCACACCAACUGUCUGUGCUGAAUCGUUAAUCCCAAAAGAAAUACUUACUAGUUAAUACCUCUUGAAACCUUAACUCUGUUGAUCGCGGAUUUCUGAAUAGGCAACACUUGACAUUCAUCCCAGAGUUAAUGGCAUGUGUAAAUAAAAGGUGUGAUGAUUAUCCCAGAGAGGUACAUGUCAUCCCAGGAAUGCUCGUUAUCCCAGGGAUGUGUUUGUCAUCCCACAUCCAAUCUAUCUUGGGGAUGUGUGUUACCCCAGGGUUACGCAUGUAAUCUCAAAAUUCCCAGAUAUGGGGAUGCGGAUCAGUGUAAGGAUAUUUGUCCUGGGCUUUCGAUGACCUGCGUUGACGAAAACUAGGAAAUUCGUGAAUAACUUUAAGUGAUGCCGUUUGUGUUAUCGAGACAGUGUUAGAAUGACCAGUGUCAGUAUAUCAGAUAGAUUGGCCAGUGUUCUUAUGGCUUUUGUAAAAUUAUUCACUAAUCAGAAAAGAACUACACAAGUAAUAAAAUUAACCAAUCACAAGCACGAAGAAGCGCGGGAAAACAUGUGACCAGCGACAAGCGAGGGCAGGAAAACACGUGACUGAGAGCAAGUUGUUAUAAAUAGUAAUCGCGAUUGGUUUUGUUAGCUGUGAUUGGUUAAAGUAGAUUGUAAGAGUUUCUUCAGCCAAUUUAUAUCCAGCUCGAGUUCAGCAAGUACAAACCAAGCAGACACGAUUAUUUUCGCUAUUUUAUUCCAAAACCACUCGCCUUCUAUUCAUCGGAGACAUUCUUGGCAAUGUUUUCUGGCUCUCGAGUUAUAAAGCAUUGUUAACUCAAAGCCCGAAAUUCUCUCGGGAUUUUGAAUUGAAUAACUCUUAGUUGCUGUCUGGUGGGUUUUCGCUAUUCUGAGCUGUUUCCCUUAAGUCAUUUCCGGAGCACGAUAUUCAUAACACUAAUGUGAAUACCUAACAGAGUUAUACACGCGGCACUGGCAUCGUGUGAUUGCCAUAACUUAUUGUAUACUUUUAUUGAUUUAAAAUAAAACUGAAGGUUUUAAUACAAC